AUGGUUCAAGAGUGGGAGCCCGGAACCCAGUACAACAUCGGCGACGUCGUCGCCUACGAAGGCAAGUCCUUCCGAGCUCGCAUCUGCUCCCAUCCUCAUCUCCGUGUGCAUCCAGGCCAUAGGUACAAGAUUAUCCAGGCUCACAGGUCUCAGUCGGACUGGACGCCACCCGUUACCCCGGCGCUCUGGGGACGCAUUCCGGAGGAGGAACGGCAGCACCACGAACACCGUGAGCACCAUGAGCCUCGCCAUGACCAGCCACCGCCGCCUCAGCAAUGCGGCGGAAACGAGAAGCCUUGGGAUCAGCACACUCAGCAGCAGGUUCCCAUCCACGAGGAUGAGCGCAAGCACGGCUGGGACGGCCUGAGCGACGAGCGCAAGAAGCAGAUUGAGGUUGGUGGUGGUCUGGCCCUCGGUCUCGCGGCUAUCGGCGCUGGGGUCUUCGGAUACAAGAUGCACGAGAAGAAUGAGGAAGAGAAAAAGGCGCACGUCUGGGCUCUCCAGAACUGGAUCCACGAAGGAGAGCAGCGCACGCGCGAGUACUACGAAGGCCGCACUCGCGCGCCAGCCACUUGGAUUCUCAUUGACGGCAAGGACAUCCCUACGAACAUUGCCAUCGCCGGCGGGCAGGAGCACGGCCAGCCGCACUACAUCUGCCGCGCCUUCCACGAAGGCAGUCUCCAGAUCGGCAAGGCCUCCCCCAUCUUUGAGAAGGGUGGUGUUAUUGGAUACGCGCACAAGGAGUUCCACAUGCCGAAGUUCGAGGUCCUGGUGGGCGACCCCCGGGCGAUUAGGUGGAUUGACAUGGAAGGCCGCUUUGACCCCGAGAAGCUUGGCGGCGCUCGGCCCGUCGAGGGCGGCCGCGAGGCCGACGGCACACCGCUGUACGUCGCUCAGGGCAUGUACAACAACGCGAUCAUCCCCGGCAAGUGCAGCACCCACCUCUCGGCUGCGUUCGUCCCGUAUGCGCAGGGCGAGAAGGAAGUGAAGCAUUACCGUGUCCUCUGUUGGGCCUAG